CCUCAGCGGAAGUGGCCUCUCCGCGUUGCUGCUGCUGCUGCCUCGCCAGCAGUGCCGGCAGCGGCGCGGGUAGCAACAAGGCCGGCGCUCGUCGCCCCGUCCGCCGCCCAGUAGUUGCUUCGUCACCAGGCGCCGCUGCACUGUGACAGACGCCCGAGGGAGCCGAGUUCGGCGGACGGUGCAGCAACAGCCGGCGGCCGCGCCGAACCAGCGACGAAGGGAGGCGGCGGCAACAGCGACCGCGCAGGGAAGCCCUUGCGGGCCGAGGCGGGCGGGCGGGCGGGCGGCUGCUUGGUUGUCGAGCAGGGCGGGAGGAGGCGGCCAUGGCCGCGGCCGGGGUCGAUGCCGGGCCGCCGCCUCUGCCGCCGCCGCCUCUGCCGCCACCGGCCGUGCAGAAGGAGCUGGUCUACAACAAGCUGCUGCCCUACGGCGACAAGCUGGAGGCCGAGGCGGGCCGCGUCCUCGCCCAGAUCAAGAUCAACCUCAGCCGGGCGGUGCAGCUUCAGGAGCUCUGGCCCGGAGGCCUCUUCUGGACCAGGAAGCUCUCCACGUAUCUCCGACUUUAUGGGAGAAAGUUUAGCAAAGAAGAUCAUAUCCUUUUUAUCAAGCUCUUGUAUGAGCUAGUAACUAUUCCAAAGUUGGAAAUCAGCAUGAUGCAAGGUUUUGCACGUCUCUUGAUAAACCUGUUGAAGAAAAAAGAACUACUUUCAAGGGAUGACUUAGAGUUACCAUGGAGACCACUUUAUGAAAUGCUAGAGAGGAUAUUGUACUCUAAGACAGAACACCUUGGAUUGAAUUGGUUUCCAAAUUCAUGUCGACCAGGCUUGUCUUCACCUAAAACAUUUGUGCUUAAUGUUUUACAUAGGUGCUCCAUAGAAAGUGUGUUAAAAACCCUUGUGAAAAAUUGUCGACCAUAUUUUCCAGAAAACACCACAGCGGAAAUGUUAGAUGAAUGGCGGCCACUAAUGUGUCCCUUUGAUGUUACCAUGCAGAAGGCCAUAACUUACUUUGAACUGUUUCUGCCUACCACUCUUCCUCCAGAACUCCACUACAAAGGUUUUAAACUCUGGUAUGAUGAGUUUCUCGGUCUUUGGGUUUCAGUUCAGAAUCUUCCACAAUGGGAGGGGCAUCUAGUCAACCUUUUUGCACGCUUGGCCACUGAUAACAUAGGCUAUAUUGACUGGGAUCCCUAUAUUCCAAAGAUAUUUACCAGAAUACUGCGAAGUUUGAAUCUUCCAGUUGGAAGCAACCAGGUGUUGGUUCCAAGAUUCCUAACAAAUGCUUAUGAUAUAGGGCAUGCAGUUAUGUGGAUCACGGCCAUGAUGGGUGGACCAAGCAAACUUGUACAGAAACACUUGACUGGCUUAUUCAAAAGCAUUGCAUCUUUUUACCAUCCCUCAAAUAACGGCCGGUGGCUGAACAAACUAAUGAAGCUCCUUCAACGACUACCCAAUAGCGUCGUCAGAAGAUUGCACCGUGAGCGUUACAAGAAGGCGACUUGGCUUACUCCUGUGCCUGAUAGCCAUAAACUUACUGACCAGGAUAUAACAGACUUCGUAGAAUGUAUUAUUCAGCCUGUCCUCCUGGCUAUGUUCAGCAAAACUGGAAGCCUAGAGGCAGCCCAAGCUCUGCAGAACCUUGCACUAAUGCGACCUGAGUUGGUAAUCCCACCAGUACUUGAAAAAACAUACCCUGCACUGGAGACAUUAACAGAACCUCAUCAGCUCACGGCCACUUUAAGCUGUGUCAUUGGAGUAGCUCGCAGCCUGGUAUCUGGGGGCAAGUUGUUUCCUCAAGGUCCAACACACAUGUUGCCUCUGUUGAUGAGAGCGUUGCCUGGUGUGGAUCCAAACGACUUUAGCAAAUGCAUGAUCACAUUCCAGUUUAUUGCAACAUUUUCUACUCUCGUGCCUUUAGUAGACUGUUCAUCUGUGUUGCAAGAGAGAGAUAAUCUCACAGAGGUGGAGAGGGAACUGUGCUCUGCUACUGCUGAAUUUGAAGACUUUGUACUGCAGUUUAUGGACAGAUGUUUUGGGCUUAUAGAAAGCAGCACACUGGAGCAAACGAGAGAAGAGACUGAAACGGAAAAGAUGACUCAUCUGGAGAGUUUGGUGGAACUGGGCCUGUCUUCUACUUUCAGCACAAUCCUCACACAGUGUUCGAAAGAGAUAUUUAAGGUUGCCUUGGAAAAGGUUUUCAACUUUGCUGUUUCCAAUAUUUUUGAGACCAGAGUGGCAGGCCGAAUGGUAGCUGACAUGUGCCGAGCUGCUGUGAAAUGUUGUCCUGAGGAGUCUUUGAAGCUCUUUGUACCCCACUGCUGCAACGUUGUGGGACAUCUUACCCUCAAUGAUGAUGUCCUGAGUGAUGAAGAGCUGGAUAAGGAGCUCCUCUGGAACCUUCAGCUGUUGUCAGAGAUCACUCGCGUGGAUGGGAAGAAGUUGCUGCCAUACAGGGAGCAGCUUGUGAAGAUUCUGCAGCGAACCCUCCAUUUAACCUGUAAGCAGGGUUACAUUCUGUCUUGUAACCUACUGCACCACCUUCUCCGUUCUACUACACUUAUCUACCCCACAGAAUACUGCAGUGUGCCAGGUGGCUUUGACAAGCCUCUUUCUGAAUACUUUCCUAUCAAGGACUGGGGUAAGCCUGGUGAUCUGCGAAACCUUGACAUCCAGUGGCACGUUCCUUCAGCUGAAGAGAUUGCUUUCUCUUUAGAGUUGCUGGAUUCUUUUCUCCAGCCAGAGCUUGACAAACUAACACACUAUGCAGAUGGUAAUCUUGAAAUGUCCAGAGAUGAUGUCCAGCAGUGUCUCACUAUAGUACACAAUUGCCUUAUUGGGUCCGGGAAUAUUCUGCCACCCCUGAAAGGAGAGAGAGUAGCACACCUGGUUGCAAGUCUAGUGUCUUUGGAAGAAAUCAAACUUUAUACUGGUGUUGACUACGAUUUGUCAAGAGAAAAUUACAGGGAAACAAUCGCUAGGAUUACCAGAAAACUCCUGCAUUAUGUACUUGACAACUCAGAGGAUGAUACCAAGUCAUUGUUUCUGAUCAUAAAGAUCAUUGGGGACCUUCUACAUUUCCAAGGAUCACACAAGCAUGAGUUUGAUUCACGGUGGAAAAGCUUUAACUUGGUGAAGAAAUCCAUGGAGAACAGGCUUCAGGGAAAGAAACAGCAUAUCAGAGCACUGCUGAUUGACAGAGUCAUGUUGCAGCACGAGCUAAGAACACUCACUGUUGAAGGCUGUGAAUAUAAAAAAGUGCACCAAGACUUGAUCAGGGACCUCCUGCGUCUGUCUACGAGUUCGUAUGGUCAGGUCAGAAACAAAGCUCAGCAUGCAUUCUUCACAGCCCUGGGGACAUACAACUUCUGUUGUAGGGACAUCAUUCCUUUGGUUCUGGAGUUUUUGCAGCCGGAUGGACGUGACGUCACCCAGCAGCAGUUUAAAGGUGCCUUGUACUGCCUUCUUGGAAACCAUAAUGGUGUGUGUCUGGCAAAUCUUCAUGACUGGGAGUGCAUUGUCCAGACUUGGCCUGCAUUAGUCUCUUCUGGACUUAGCAAAGCAAUGUCUCUGGAGAAGCCAUCUAUAGUCAGACUCUUUGAUGAUCUUGCAGAGAAGAUUCAUCGGCAGUAUGAAACUAUUGGACUGGACUUUACAGUUCCAGAGAAAUGUGUGGAGGUGGCUGUUCUCAUGCAAAAAUCUGGGAAUCUGCAGAAUGGUUGCCUUAGUCCAGAGGAGAUUCAGUUGGGACUUCAGCGACAGAGAGAAAGGAAUGCUGAGUCCUCUCAAAACUAUGAAAAUUUGGUUAACAAGCUGUUAGAUUGUGUGGAUCAAAGAAAUCUCCCCUGGAAGUUUGAGCACAUUGGCAUUGGCUUUCUGUCCUUGCUCUUGAGAGAUGACAGGGUGCUGCCUGCAAGGGCCAUAAAAUUCUUUGUGGAAUGUCUCAACCACGAUGCACUAGUGGUACGCAAGAUGGCGAUCUCUGCUGUGGCUGGCAUCCUCAAGCAGUUGAAGAGGCCUCACAAAAAGGUGCCCAUCUGCCCUUUCCAAAUCAGUGGAGCCCCUCGGUCUUCUGAUAUCCAGGCUGGUGACAGACCUGACAACCAGUGGCUGCGUUAUGAAAGUGCCAGUUUACCAAAGACGAAGAAAGCCUGGGAGUCCUGCUGUUUUGUAGAGAAGACACACUGGGGGUACUACACUUGGCCUCGAAACCUGGAGAUCUAUGCAUCUGCGGAGCAGCAACCAAAGCUUGAGAGGAGCAGAAACGAACUUUCAGAGGCAGAGCAAGUCAUUUUCGAUCAUUUUUCAGAUCCAAAGUUUGUUGAGCAGUUAAUCAAGUUUCUCUCUUUAGAAGACAGAAAAGGAAAAGAUAAAUUUAACCCUCGCAGAUUUUGCCUCUUCAAGGGCCUGUUCAGAAACUUUGAUGAUGCCUUCUUGCCUGUCCUGAAGCCCCACUUAGAACGUCUGGCAGUAGAUUCUCAUGAAAGUCCCCAGCGAUGUGUAGCUGAGAUUAUAGCUGGCUUAAUAAGAGGGUCGAAACACUGGACAUUUGAAAAGGUAGAGAACCUCUGGAAGCUGUUGUGUCCACUUCUUAGAACCGCUUUAUCCAACAUUACAGUGGAAACUUACAAUGACUGGGGAACAUGUAUAGCAACAUCAUGUGAGAGCAGGGACCCUCGGAAACUGCACUGGUUGUUUGAAUUGUUGUUGGAGUCUCCAUUGAGUGGUGAAGGAGGGUCAUUUGUUGAUGCAUGUCGAUUGUAUGUCCUGCAAGGUGGCCUUGCACAGCAAGAGUGGCGAGUACCGGAGCUACUGCACAGAUUGCUGAAGUACCUGGAACCUAAACUCACUCAAGUUUACAAGAAUGUCAGGGAGAGGAUAGGAAGUGUGUUGACAUACAUCUUCAUGAUAGAUGUUUCCUUACCAAAUACUGCUCCAACCAAGUCCCCCCAUGUCCAUGAGUUUACUCUCCGGAUACUUGAAAAACUCAAACCCCUUAUGGAAGCGGAUGAAGAAAUUCAGAAUCAUGUAAUGGAAGAGAAUGGAAUUGGAGAUGAAGAUGAGCGAACUCAGGGCAUUAAACUCUUGAAAACCAUUCUGAAGUGGUUGAUGGCAAGUGCUGGGAGGGCCUUCUCCACUGCUGUGACAGAACAGCUUCAGCUGUUGCCAUUGUUCUUCAAGAUUGCACCAGUAGAGAAUGAUAAUAGCUACGAUGAACUGAAGAGAGAUGCGAAGAUGUGCUUAUCAUUAAUGUCUCAGGGAUUGCUGUAUCCUCAACAAGUGCCUUUGGUACUUCCGGUGCUAAAACAAACAGCAAAGAGUAGUUCCUGGCAUGCUAGGUACACAGUUCUAACCUACCUCCAGACCAUGGUGUUUUAUAAUCUUUUUAUCUUCUUAAACAAUGAAGAAGCAGUAGAUGAUAUCAGAUGGCUGGUUAUACAAUUACUAGAAGAUGAGCAGCUUGAGGUGAGAGAGAUGGCUGCUACCACACUGAGUGGCCUACUCCAGUGCCACUUCCUGGCGAUAGAUGACCCCAUGCAGACCCACUUUGAGCAGCUCUGCAAGAGGAGGCUGCCAAAGAAGAGGAAGCGAGACCUCAGCACCGUAGUAGACACUAUUCCCCCUGCAGACUUGGUGAAGCGCCAUGCUGGUGUGCUGGGGCUUAGCGCAUGCAUUUUGUCCAGUCCUUAUGAUGUACCCACCUGGAUGCCUCAGCUUCUGAUGGAUCUUAGUGCACACCUGAAUGAUCCUCAGCCCAUUGAAAUGACCGUAAAGAAAACCUUGUCCAACUUUCGGAGGACUCACCAUGACAACUGGCAGGAACACAAGCAACAGUUCACCGAUGACCAGCUGCUAGUCCUUACUGACCUCUUGGUCUCCCCAUGCUAUUAUGCAUAACGAGGUUCUUAGAAAAUGAGGGUCUGCUACCAUUUCCGCAAAAAUAAAGGAAACUCAAAACUAAUUUAUUGUGUAUAGAACCCUUUUGGAUUUGGUAACUCCAAGGCUUAAGGCUGGAAUCCUUUAAAAAAGUGCAUACAUUGUCCCUGUGGGGAGGACUCGGACUCUGACAACUGAGGAUUUCUGUUCCACCAGGGAGAAGGGGUGUGACACAUCUGUUUUUCAAGGACCCAAUCAUGAAUGUUUUCAUACCUUUCAUGCAAAUGCCUUGUAUUAACACAAAGCUCACCUUUUUCUUUCUCUUGUGCAGUAGCAAAUGCUACUUAAGUUUUUCUCUCUCUCCGUACAUACUCCAUACCUUGGUCAUACUUGACAUAAAUACAUAUUCCAUCAGUCUGAACAUUGGAUUAAAUUGUUUCACUUUUGAGUGCCCCAAUUCUUCAUCUGAUCUGCCUGUAAGUGUGAAUAUCUGUGAACUGCAGAUCACUUGCUGUCAGCCAGAAGUGCUGAGAUUUUCCAUCUCCAGUUUCCAAUGCCCAUUAAAUAUGGGCUAUGCAGAAUUCUGAGCUGGCAAAUCUUUUAUGGUGGUUCUCCUUUUAAGCCUUAGCUUCUAAGUCCAUAUAAUCACCCUCUACUAUUGUCUAGAUCUGUAAGUGGUGAGAGGAGUUUUUUAUGCCCAGGAUUUUUGAAUAAGAUCCUUCACCCAGGUUCUGAACCAUCACUUUUUGCCCAGUCUGUGGUUCUUUUCAGUUCAAUAGAGCCAGUGGAUAAUCGUGGCUUUUAGCUCGCAGCUGUUGUUUUAUUUCAGAUAAUGAAGUAUGUACAUAUGUUAAUACUGAGUGGCUGAAGACUUUUUAAAUAAAAUGGCCUCCCAUUUACUAAGAUUGCUAGUCCCACAUCUUCCCGUUCACUCCACUGCCCCAUCCCUGAACAAAUACUUAACUUGCAUAAAAACAGAAGUACUGUAUCUCUUCUUUUUGGCCUGCAACUCUGGUGGCUAUCAGCUGCCUAUUUCAACAUGUUUGAUAUGUGUUACAUGGAUGUAAAAGACUGUAUAAAUUGUAGAGGCACUGCACUGGCAAAAGCACUGUACAGUUUGCAAAAAUUUUACAUAAUCCCAUUGUGAGAUUAACUUGUAAAGAAUCACACUUUUAGGUGUUUAUAUAGUGCUUUCAGCUUUUGUAUCUCAUUCAAAUGCCAAUUUAUUCAGGUUUUUAAUAUCCCCCUCUCCAGCAACCUUUAAUGAGAGGACUUUUUAGGUUUUGGCUUUAUUUUCUUUAUCUUCUUAGUGAGUCUGUUUGGUUUUCUCUCUCUCUUUUUUUAAUGUAAUUUCUGCCUCUCCCCUCCUCACCUAGGAAUGCAAGCAAUGACAUAUUCUGGUAAAUUGCAGAGUGCAAAGUUGCCUCCCAUGCUGGGAAAAACAAAUCUGAGAAUUAUGCGUGUUUCAUCUUCCUGCACAUCCUGUACUUUUUCUUUGUGAAAACAGGAAUACAAUACACUUUUGAAUCAUCUGCCUGCUGGGAAACCAUACCAGGUUUUUAAAAGCACAGCAGUGUAACCAGUCCAGUCUCUCCCAAGAGUCAACACACAGAAACAACUGAUGUAUAGCGUAGUGCCAAAAUGCCGCCGCCUCUUUUCACUUGUGUAUUUAGUUUAAAGCUGAAUAAAUGAGUUUGUAAGAUC